AUGGUCCCCUCUACAUUUGCCCCGAGUCUGACACGGCGGGAUACAGCCAAGUCCGGGGGUGGAUUUGAAACAAUUGCCCUGCCACCUGCAGUGGCCGGGGGAGGACUUCUCGGCCCGCAAAGUGCAGGCGCAAUCUAUCAACAGAUCCAUGAGAUGGCCGCGAAAAGGAUACAAACUCUCGACUACUUGAGAAAGGCCCACGAAGGACGAGUAUAUUGGUUCAAUACAGUACAUUUCUCCCGGGCAGACAUCGCCCGUCUACCAUACUUCGAGGCACGGAAGCUUUCCCGCCGCGCCGUCAACUAUCUGCUUCUAGGCCUAUCAUUGCCAACAAUCCUCGAUGUCAAUACAACCCCAUUCGAGUACUUGCGCGCCCUCAAUGCCUUGCUAUUGGAGUUCGAAGCUUUCCAGCAAGUGCAUCCCCCGGACGGGAGCUCCUCGUCAAGUCUGGCCAGAGCCCGUAUACCGCAGAUGUUCAAGCGGGCGACGCAUGCUGGUACCAAGACCCGUCGGACGAGUUCGGCGAAUGAGAUCGGUCUCCCGAUGCAGACCAGUGACCCGUCAGACUUGAGCAUAGCAGGAAAUCUCGGGGCGGCUUCCUCUGCGGCAGCGUCGGUUACCUCUUUCCCACUUACGGAAUCCUCGGAUCUGCUGCCUGGUGAAGAAUAUACGUAUCUUCUCACGCCGUCGUUGCCGUUUGAGCCGGACUUCUUCGAGACGUUUGCGACCCUCUGUGAUGUCUUGAUUGACACUUAUACUCGGCUCACCGCUCUAGUAGCAUCUCCAUCGGUCUGCACGGUGGCUUUGGGCGAGUUAUUCUCUAAAACAGAUGCCAGGUUACGGAAGAUCAUGGUGGCUGGCGCAGUGCGUGAGUUUGAAGACGCGAGCCGCAACAGUGUUAAGAGUGAGAUCGCGGGUGUCAGUCGGGUGGUACUCGGUGGUUUAUUGGGUUAG